AUGUUCUAUUUCUACUUAUGUGAUCGAACCCAUUUGAUUCCAGAAUCUGCAAAGAGCUACAAUCGGGAUCUUUUCCUGUUCCUAUACAGUCUUCUUAUCAUUGUUUCAGCAAUGACUUCUCUUAAAAAACAUGGUGACAAGUCAGCAUUUUCAGGAAAAUCAAUACUUUAUCUCAAUAGACAUCAAACAGAGGAAUGGAAAGGAUGGAUGCAGGUUCUGUUUUUAAUGUAUCAUUACUUUGCUGCUACUGAGAUAUACAAUGCCAUUCGUGUUUUUAUUGCUGCAUAUGUCUGGAUGACUGGUUUUGGAAACUUUUCCUAUUACUACAUCCGAAAAGAUUUCAGUGUUGCAAGAUUCUCUCAGAUGAUGUGGAGGCUGAAUUUUUUUGUGGCAUUUUGUUGUAUAGCUCUUAACAAUGAUUAUAUGCUGUAUUAUAUUUGCCCUAUGCACACUCUUUUCACUCUUAUGGUUUAUGGAGCACUUGCUAUUGGAAGCAAAUAUAAUGAGAUCAAAUUAGUGAUGAUUAUGAAGCUCAUUGCUUGCUUUCUUGUUGUCAUUUUGGUGUGGGAAGUUCCUGGAGUAUUUGACUUAGUGUGGGGCCCAUUUGCAUUCAUAUUAGGUUACAGUGAUCCUGCAAAACCAGAUCUCCCUAGAUUACAUGAGUGGCAUUUUAGAUCUGGACUAGAUCGAUAUAUCUGGAUUAUUGGAAUGAUUUAUGCAUAUCUUCACCCUAAUGUUGAAAAGUGGAUGGAAAAACUUGAGGAGUCAGAUAGCAAGAGGAGACGCACUGUUAAGGCAUCCAUUGUUUCUGUAGCUGUUAUGGGGGGUUAUAUGUGGUAUGAGUAUAUAUACAAGUUGGAUAAGGUUACAUACAACAAAUAUCACCCCUACACAUCAUGGAUACCUAUAACUGUCUACAUUUGCUUGAGGAAUUUCACUCAACAUCUUCGGAAUUACUCAUUAACUCUAUUCGCUUGGCUUGGUAAGAUCACUUUGGAGACAUACAUUUCUCAAUUCCAUAUCUGGCUAAGAUCGGAUAUCCCCAAUGGACAACCAAAGUGGCUUCUCUCAUUCAUCCCAAAUUAUCCAAUGCUCAAUUUCAUGCUUACAACCGCAGUCUAUGUCUUGGUAUCUUGUCGGCUGUUUGAACUGACUAACACCAAUUUUUGCGGGUUUAUACUUCGUUGCAUUCAUUGUUGUUCAGAUUCCUCAAUAAUUGGCAUGAUGGGGUCCAUAUUUCUUGUUUACAAACACGAAACACACAUACAUGGAGCACAAAAAUCCAUCUAUACAUCUAAAACUCAAUACGUGUCUCCAACAAUUUUGGAGAAAAUCGUGACCGUUGAUUUCCAAUAGUUUGCAUAUUUGGACGCUAUCGCCCUUAUAAAAUGUUAGCGAGCAAUUAAGAUGUCAUGGUAAAAAAGUAAAUUCUUUUGUAAUCUUUUCAAUUUGUGUACUUUAGUUUGUUGAAAAUGAAAGACAACAAAAAAAAACAUGUAAGUAUUUGUAAUUUAGAUUUGUGGGAAAAUAUUUGGAAACAAAAAGGAAGCCAUUGGCUCAUGUUUUGUAUUUUGCAUUAUUAAAGGUUCAAUAUCAUGCUUUUGGGAUUUUUAGUGGGUC